AUGGUCCUUCGGCGAGGGCAUUUAACCGAACUGCUUGUCAAAGCUUUGCUCUACAUAGAAGUGGAAACCCAUUGGCAAAAGCCACCAGGAUUCUGCAACGAACCAUUUACUCUACUUGGAGCACAUAAUUGCAAGUACAGUGCAGAAAAGGACACAAGCGCUCUGGCGUAUGCGAUUCCGGGCAUGGGCGACGACGCGCAAAAGCGGAAUGGAAAGAAUAAUGACGACGAUAUGGAAAUGACCGAUAGUGCAAUAAACUCUGAGCCACCGCCGGCUCCAGAGCUUCCGAUUUCCCGUCAAACGUUAUUAUAUGGACACACCCAAGAAGUCUUCUGUGUCUCUUGGGCUCCUGAAUACGCAGAUCACGUCCUAUUGGCAUCAGGAUCAAAAGAUAGCACGGCCAAAAUUUGGAAGUUCACCGGCAUCCACCAUGGAAACCUGGCCACACAACUGCUAGACUCCAUAGAACACUGUAAUGAAGAGGGCUACUCAGGGGAAGAUGCGGACGUCACCUGUGUGGAUUGGUCCUCGGACCACCUUUGGUUGGCCACAGCAAGUUCAGAUCACUUCGUACGAAUGUGGAGCGUGGGAGAAGGCAAACUCAAAGCGACUCUCAAAGGACACACGGAUUCUAUAGCUGCUGUCAGAUUUUCGCCUGACAGUCAUUUCCUUCUCAGCUCUGGGUACGAUGGCGUGGUAAUUCUCUGGUCUUUGCCUGCGAUGAGAGUCCAGCAUCGGUACGAGGAUGGUGCCAACAAAGCUUUCGUGGCCGACAUCUCAUGGCUCACCAACAACAACUUUAUAACCACAUGGACGGACAAUCUGAUCCAUGUCUUUACUAGUUCGUCGACCAUACCAUUCCGGACGUUCCGUGGACAUACAGAUGAGAUCAACUCAGUACGUGGCUCUCCGGAUGGCAAGUAUAUCGCAUCUGUUUCGGACGAUUUAACCGUUCGCAUCUGGAACCUUGAGACUCUGAGGAUGGAAUUCAAAGAAGGAAGUCUACGACCGAUCGCAGGCAGUGUCGGAGGGAACAUGGGUCAAAACUGUAUCCACACCCUACGAGCCCAUAAGAGCUCGAUAACGAGUUGUCGAUGGCUCCAAGCAGAUUGGAUCUCAGGCUCAUCAUCGACGGAUGGUGUCAAGCGACUCGCAACAAUGAGCGACGGUGGGGAGCUUGGACCAGCUGUUUGUCUAUGGGACGCAGUAGCUGGUGUGCUACUAAAGUCGUUCAAUGAUCAUUCAGCUGUGACUUAUGGGCUCUGUUUCCAUCCAACUUUGCCCUAUAUGGCGACUGGUGCGAUGGACGGUCGGCUGUACAUUUACGAUCUCAAGACGCUUGAGAUGAUAUGGUCUUGGACGGACCGCACAGAGCCAUCGAGCAAAGUGGCAAUCUACGAGGUUGACUGGAGCAAUGACGGGAAGCGGCUGGCCGCUUGUCUCUCUAACGGUGCUGUCGCGGUUCUAGAUGUAACCAAUCUCGAAAAUUCGAGCUGA